CAGGUAUCCUCGGCGCAAUCUCACCUCGGCUCUCGACUCAUGACUGUCGUCGUCCGUUUGAACAGCAAGCGUCGCUAAUCCGACCCUUGCUGUGCUCUUCUGCUGGCCGUUCGAGCCCGCUCACGCUCACCUCGCUCAGGUGCGCCCGUGUUGGAGGGAAGAUGGCACGCAGCAUUCCUCGCGCCUCCAGCGCUUCCGAGGAUGAAGGCGAUCAGGUCUUUCCCGAAGCUUUGGCAACGGGACGAUCUAAGCGCUCCACGGCGGGCAAUCGCAUGCGAGCGCUUCUGGACCAGGAGUUUGAGGAGGAGGAAGGCUUCUCGGGCAAUGAAGAUGAUGUAGAGUUCGAGGAGAAGUUGGAUGAGGUGGACAUUAUAGACUCAGACUUCGACAAGUCGAGCUCUGACGAGGAUGCUGGCUCGGAAGAUGACGAGGAAGGGGAGAAACAAUUGUUGGAGGAGGAGAAUGCUGCUGCGAAGAGGAGCAAGUCCAGCAAAGGGAAGGUCGGAUCAAGCCGAGCAAGGGCGAGACCUGCGCCGCCUGCCAUCGCCGCGUUUCGUCCUUCUAACGGUAAGCCUCCUCCGUCCGCCUUGAUGUCGGUCGAGCAGCAGGAUGAAGGGCAAAUCGAGUCCAGGGCUUCCAAGCGCAUCUCAUUCGCGCCCGUGCCUCCUGGUGGAGAAGGGAGUGGCCCAUCGUCCAACGGCCCACGAAGCCUUUCUGCUUCAGGCUCGCAAAGAUCCAGCAAUCGUCGAGCCACGAUGCGGGUAGCUGCUGAAGUGCAGCAGCGCUUGAAGAGCGAAGAGGCUAAAAGGGCAUCACAGCCUGUGAAACAAGCGCCGCGCAAGCGUGCACGAUUGACGCAAGAUGCGUUGAUUGCGCAAGCUCUGGAGGUGGAAGAUGUGAAUCGAGAAUCUUUGAGAAAAUUUUUGGACCAGGAAGAAGAGAGGAGAGCUAGGGAUAGGAGACUAGUACCGAAGACGAUCGAAGGGCCGUAUGUCAGAUGGCACUCCAUCUCGAUGGCGGAAGGUCAGCCACCCUCCAUUACCGUCAUCGAGCCAACAAUGGCAUCUAGCAAGAGCGAAAAUCAUACGUCGGCCUUGUCGGCGCUUCGUCUGCCUCUGACCCAGGACCCUGUCUUUGCAGAUCGAGCGGCUCGGGCAGCAGAGGUGUCCGGCACAUCUAAAGAUGAAACGGCAGAACAGUCGGCUGACAGGGCGGGUCAGCCGACCAAGAAGUUCUCUCGCACUCUGCUCUCCUUGCGGGGAUUGCCGGAAGAGUCCACAUGGGUGGACGAGUUUCGACUCUUGCUGGGCGAUCAUUGCCAAUGGGACGCUCUGCCCGUUGUGCCAGCUCGAAAUCGACCACUCAGGCCUCGUCAAAGCACUUGUCCAAUUACAGGCCUACCAGCCGUCUACAGAGACCCGAGAACGGGCACACCGUUUGCGACGUGCGAAGCGUACGAAGUUAUUGGUCAGCUGCUGGAUCAUAGAUAUGCGUGGACAGGAUCAGGCGCGAGGGAACGACAGACGAGCUCUGGAAACGGAGCGGCGCAUGAAGCGUUUGCGAUGGGAUGCUACGUAAAUGCGCUCGAUGACGAAGGUGCAGACGGCUCGUUCAGGCGAGCGGCGGAGGCAGCAGGAAGACCUAUGGUCACGGCAAUGGACCACGCAUCAACCAACGCAAGCACGCAGAUGCUGGGCGGUGCAAGCGCAAGCACAAGCACGAUCGAUAGCAAAGCUCCAUCGCAAGCGCAAGCCCAAUCACGCGCGACCGACCUGCGCAAAGAUGAGAGUGCAAGCCCGGCUAGCAAGAGUGCGCCGCGUAAACCUCAUCGCCGUGCGCCUACUUGGACGAUCGUCAAGGACGACCAAGCGCCAGCACCAGGGGACGAAUUAUCCGUGCUAGCUGCUGCCCAAGCUCUGCCUGAAGGCUCUACGCGCUCAGGUGGAAGACGCGUCCAUUCGGCGCCCCGUUCCUCAGCAUCUGCUCAUCCAUGAGGAACACACGUUCUGUGUCACGCAAACGAUUCACGUGUAAUUGUAACAACGCUGUCAUCCACCCAAUCGAAUGCGGAAUCGAAGCAGAAGUACGGGUUGCGUGUGACCUCAGACGACAGCACAGCGCGG